UGUGGAUGUGAAGACACAUAAUGAACACGUCGCCGUAGAUGAACAAGUAACCAAAGAUGAUACGGGGACAGGUCCACUGAGUAUCGUCAGAGCGAAAGGCUACGUCAAUCAUCUGGCCAGCCUUGACCUUGACACAUUAAGCGACGAGGAACUUCUUCUGUCCCUUCACAGCCACGUUGAUAACGCAAAUGUGUUGUGCGACAGGAAAUUACGAAUGGGUAAAGUAUCGGAUGGCGGCUGGGAGGUGUGCGACGACCCUGACGUCAGGCCGCGUGAGCCCUGCAUCAUCUACUCCUUCGGCAUCAACAACGACUUCUCCUUCGACGACGACGCUGCUGCCAUGUAUGGAUGUCACGUGUACUCGUUUGACCCCAGCAUGACUAAAGCUAAAGACCAAUAUGACCGGUCGCCAAAGGUCCACUUUUACAAGAUAGGUCUUGACGGAAGGACCUACGUCAACAUCAAGAAAUGGCCACUUUUUACAUUCCAAGCUAUUCGCAAGAAACUAGGUCAUCAAAAUGCCACAAUUGACGUCAUCAAAAUGGACAUCGAAAGCUCAGAGUGGGCGGCACUUCCGGUGAUGGUCGAUUCGGGUCAGCUGUCUGGGGUCAAACAACUGCUCGUGGAAUACCACGUCCAGCUGCAGACGCGAAAUUACGUACUUCCCAAACUGAGACUGAUGCAGAAGUUGGAGGUGGCCGGAUUCAAACGAUUUUAUGUUCAUAAAAACCCCGUCUGCAAGUUGAAGGUUAAAGGAAUGCCAAUCGAACGGACGAAAUGCUACGAGGUUCAUUACUUGAAAAGAUGAGCAGAAGUGGGGCAGUUAUCUCCCCUAUCGUCUUCUCAGAGCAAUCAAAUACCUUAUGGUGCUUAAUAAAGCUUCUGGAUUAGCUGAUGUCUACAGGACUGUCAUAAUUGGAAUUUUACUAAUUUCAAUAAGUCAUAACUUUUAUACAAAUUAUAUCAGCUUUCUUAAUGCUGGUUAGUCCUAUUUGAGGAGAUUGACAACAUUGGCUAAAUCUUUGCGCUAAUACCUAAUUGUCAAGUCAGCAUUCUUCCAGACUGGAUCUAUAUAUUACUAUGAAGGCCUCGCGAAUGUGUUCCAAGGUUAUUAUUAUUAUUAUUAUUAUUAUUUUAAACAAACUGUCGCUUGUUAUUGUUUACUACAAUUUAGAAAUGUUUGUGUUUGGAUUCGUUUCGACUUUUGUAUUUGGCGUAUAUAAUAAAUAUUUGACACAUA